GACACUGAGGAUGGAGGAUGUUGGUCAUGAACUUGCUCUCUUUUUCUCCCUGAUGGAAGGAUUUUUGGUCUGGAGAAGCUAAUCAUCACGAUUGUGUCGAGUGGUGCAGACGUCCCGGGUUUUAGAGCUGCUGAGUCUGAACACACGUGCAACAGGAAGUCCUGCUGAUGCGAAGAACACGCGAGAGAUGUAAUUCUACUCGGGGAGGUUUCUGGAAUCCACGGAGGACCCGUAAAGACAAAGGAGAUACAAUAUGUGUACACGAGUCGUCUGUGUGUGAAACCAAAAACAAAGAGAGGACAAACAGGAGACAGGAGAGUAAUUAAUUCACCUGAGGAGGAGGAGGAGGAGGAGGAGGAGGAAGGAAGAAAAAACAAUGUUUAACUAAGCUAGAAUCAAGACUCGGUGGUGGCGAGUCCCAAAACGGAUAUUCAUCUUGUGGAAUAAGUUUAAUACACACACUUCACAUUCGGAAUACAGGAAGGUCAUGACUCAGAUGCCAUGCGGAUCACCACGGUGACCGUCCUUCCUAACCCCGCCCCCUUCUUUUUCCUGUUGGCCCAGCUGCUGUUUUGGCUCCUCCUCCUGGGCCAGGACAUCGCAGGAGCCACGUCGACCUGCCCGACACCUUGCAGCUGCUCCAAUCAAGCGAGCCGAGUGAUCUGUACCAGACGGAACCUGGACGAGGUUCCGGAAAAUAUAUCCAACAACACGCGGUACCUUAACUUACAGGAGAACUCGAUACAGGUGAUAAGAUCAGAUACCUUCAAGCACUUGCGACACUUGGAGAUCCUCCAGCUUUCCAAGAACCAGAUUCGCCAGAUCGAAGUUGGCGCAUUCAAUGGCCUCCCGAACCUCAACACUUUGGAACUGUUUGACAACCGUCUCACGCUGGUGCCAUCACAAGCGUUCGAGUAUCUCAGCAAGCUUCGGGAGCUCUGGCUUCGUAACAACCCCAUCGAGACGUUGCCAGGCUAUGCCUUCCACCGCGUGCCCUCCCUUCGCCGCCUUGAUCUGGGUGAGCUCAAAAAGCUGGACUACAUUUCAGAUGCUGCCUUUGUCGGCCUUGUCAAUCUGCGCUACCUGAACCUGGGCAUGUGCGGUCUGAAGGACAUCCCCAACCUGACACCUCUGAUCCGGCUGGAGGAGCUGGAGCUCUCUGGAAACAAGCUGGAAAUCAUAAGACCUGGAUCGUUCCAAGGCCUGGAGUCUUUGCGCAAACUGUGGCUCAUGCACUCCCAGAUGUCUGUCAUUGAACGCAAUGCCUUCGAUGACCUUAAGAGUCUGGAAGAGUUGAAUCUAUCCCACAAUUCCCUGCAUUCACUGCCCCAUGACCUCUUCACCCCAUUGCAGAAGCUGGAGAGAGUGCACCUCAACCACAAUCCCUGGGUGUGUAAUUGUGAUGUGCUUUGGCUUAGUUGGUGGCUGAAAGAAACUGUACCAAGUAACACAACUUGCUGUGCCCGGUGCCAUGCACCACCCUACCUGAAGGGCAAAUACAUUGGAGAGCUGGACCAAAGCCAUUUCACGUGCUAUGCCCCUGUUAUCGUCGAGCCCCCCACUGACCUCAACGUGACCGAAGGCAUGGCUGCUGAACUCAAGUGCCGUACCGGAACCUCCAUGACGUCUGUAAACUGGAUUACACCCAAUGGAACCUUGAUGACCCAUGGAUCAUACCGCGUCCGGAUCUCGGUGCUACAUGAUGGAACUCUGAAUUUUACAAAUGUCACCUUGCGCGACACUGGACAGUACACCUGCAUGGUGACCAACUCAGCUGGCAACACCACAGCAACUGCCGUCCUGAAUGUCACUGCAGCAGACACCAGUGUCAAUUACACCUACUUUACUACCGUCACUGUUGAAACUGUAGAAUCCACAGGAGAAGAGGAUUCGGCCCUACGUUCGAUCAAUGAGACUAUUAUACACAUCCCUGGUCCUACACCUUCUGGGCGUCUCUGGCAUGAUGCCAUCCCAACAACAACUUCCUCUCUAUCAGUUUUUGGAUCCUCAUCUUCUCCCCGAGCAACCAAACCCACAUUUACUGUCUCUGUCUCUGAGCCGAGCUACCCCACUGGGCUGGAUGAUGUAAUGAAGACUACCAAGAUCAUCAUUGGCUGCUUUGUGGCUAUUACCUUCAUGGCAGCUGUUAUGCUGGUGGUCUUCUACAAGCUGAGGAAGCAGCACCAGUUGCACAAGCACCAUGGACCAGCGAGAGCCAUUGAGAUUAUCAACGUGGAGGAUGAAAUUGGAGCCAGCGCCAGCGUCCGCGGAAGUGGGAUCUCUGGUGGUUCCACCAUGCCCCAGGCCGGAUCCAGUGGAGGAAGCCAGAGCCUGCGGCUGCAUCACCCGGAGAUUGUCAACCUACCCAACCUGGCUCGGACGGACCACCUUAACCACUACUACAAGCCCCACCACUUCAACAACAACAUGAUGAGUUUGGGGCUCUCUGGAAGUUCUGGGAUCGGCCUCAACAACAACAACAACCCGUGUUCCCAGGCCCAACCCACGCCGAUCUCCUGUUCCCAGGUGCCCGUCUCAGUGAGCUCCAUUCCGUCCUCAAUGCCCCUGCCUACCCUCGGCAUCCAUGGAUCACUCAAAGGCCUAAUGGGUAAAGGGCAGAACCCUCAAAUUGAGCCUUUACUCUUUAAGAGUGGCUCUAAGGAGAAUGUCCAAGAAACUCAGAUCUGAGAAGGAGAGAGUGAGCGAGAGAGUGUGUGAGAGAAAGGGGAUAGAGAGAUAAAACAAGGGAGGGAAAAAUAGAAAGAUGGUAUGAGGGAGACAGAAACAGAUGAAGUGUACUGGCUGUUCAGCCCCCGUGGGUUUGUUGUUCUCAGGAGUAACGAGCGAGGUAGACCCAGCAUUGUAUGACAUAUUACCUACACAAGAAAAAGACGUUGCUGUGAACCACUGCACUGCAAUGCCAGAGACGGAGAGAGGGAGGGAGGAAAAGAAAGAAAGAAAGACAGAUGCCGCAGCAUUUAGAUUAACGCUUACCGAACCAACACUCAGUCCGAUCAGUGUCAAAAGGGAUAACAUCAGCAGAGCAAAAGCUCUCACACGGCGUUCAAUGCGGUAUCAAUUUAAUACACCAUCAGUAAUUAUGUGCCAAACAUGCACAGAUACGUGCCAAAGCAAAAUCUUUGUGCAUCAGCAUUACAAAGAUGCUAUCUCGCUGAAAAGUUAAAGAAAAUAACUCCACACACAGUAUGCAGUAAAUGAGACGUUUAUAAAUUCAAGAGUAAAUUUUUUUAUAUAUGUAUAUUGAACAUACCUACGUGUUCUAAAUAUGUAUAUACAACACAAGCAGCCAAGAGUAUUAUAGGGUCGGUGUACUGUAGGAGUGCCGGGAAAAGACAACAAUAGGUCAUGAUUAUCAUUCGGAUAGACGUAGAGGUUUGCAGUAGCAUUCAGGGUUGAUGGAUUAGACAGACCAGCACUGUGUCGAGGGCUUGUGAUUCGUUCUGAUGGACUCCGCCAUAUUCUCGCCUUCCCUAUCCUUUUAACACCUCGAGGUGGGAGGAGGAGAAAGAGAGAGCGUUCUUUCCUUUCUUUUUCUUUUCUUUUUUUUUUCCGAAGGAACCUAAAGGGCAAAAGACAAUUAUCGAAAAAUCUGAAAACAACAACGACGACGACGACGACGACAGAAAUAAAUAAAUUAAAAAAAAAACGAAACUGUGAAACUACACACGAUAUAUAAAUAUAUUUUCAUUCAGAGAAAUAAAUUAUGAAGAAUCUUUCAUUUUUUUUUUUUGGUUGUUUUUUUUUUUUUUGCUUUGUUUUCUGACCGAAAGCCACGUCUUUGAACGGAUCGAGCGGCUGCACUUUGCCGACCUUUAGCGCGCUCACGGACGGCCAAAAUGGCCGAACGUCUGGAUUUUUUUCUGGAGCUCCUGGAAUUUCUGUUUUGACUUAUUUUUAGUCCUUGAAAUCCCCCCUUUUCCCUUUUCUUGUUGCAUUUUACUAACAGGGUUAUUGGUGACGUGUCAUGUUUCGUUCAUCCUUACAGUGAAAUUUAUCCCAGAUGCUUGUCGCGGUACGAACGUUUUAGCGUUACAAUGUUAAAUUAAAAUCGAAUUGUACGGAUUGAGGCUGGGGGGGGGGGGGGUAAAAUCACCGACACCAACAAACUAUGCUAACCACAACGAUAACACAGUAAUAGGUAAUGUAACUAAAAGCAAAAUGUGAAUUUUUAUCUAAAUGCUGCUAUACACAGAGAGAGAGAGAGAGAGAGAGAGAGAGAGAGAGAGAGA